AUGGAUGAACCGCCUUCACCAUUCUUUCCGUAUCCUUACCUGCCUUCAACUGGUGAAACACCGGAUGAACCGCCGUCAGCAUUCCUUUCUUGGAAGAAUGAAUUGUCAACGGAUGAAUCGUCAACGAAUGAAUCGUCAUCGGGUGAAUCGUCAACGGAUGAAUCGCCUUCACCAACCGAUGAACUACCUUCACCUACGGAUGAACCGCCUUCACUAUUGCUAAAGUCAAGGAUUCCCAGAAAGACCAUAAUCGGUGCCAAUCGUCACAGCCGGGACGGUGCGAUAUUUGAGCACAACAUCUAUUCCUCCGGAAAACAUGAGCCACGAACUAUUGUCUCGGAACCUCCGCCGCAUACUUUCACCAAUUUUUCGCUUGUCCCCAUCAAAGGCAAUCAGAUCGUUUUAUUCGCAAAUUACACCAAAAUCGGAACCGAGUCAAUUAUGGACAGCUUUCUACGCCUAUCAAACUACGAAAUCCGCUCCGAUAACCGCAUUGGUCCUGCUCUGUGGUCUUCCAACGGUGACUGGAACAAUUUUGAUCAGUGUGAGGCGAUAUCCACCGAAAAUCCCUUGGCAAUCACUUUUUGGGCGCGGUUUGGCAAGCAUUGGAAGCUGUUUGACAUCUCCACUACUGAAACUGACGCCUCGGAUAAUUUUCCUCUAAUUGAGUCCGGGAGAAUAGAUUUUGAUCUACAGAUCAAGGAGUUGAAGUUGCUGGGCGAGACUCAUGGACAUUUCGAUUCUGGAGGGACAAACUUUUCCUUUGUUACCCGCAUGUCUAUUCCUAUUCCCAAAGUCCCAGAAGAUUCAAUUUUUGUCCUCGAGAACCCAAGACUUGUGUUUUCUGCCAAUGGGUCCAAGUUUGCUAUCGCUAUGAAUGUCGGAAGAGUGUCUGUUUGGGAUAUCCAAAGUAAAGUUCCUUUAGAGACAUUCAUAGUCGCUCAGGACGACUAUAUACAAUAUCUUCAAUUCUGCAGCGGAAAACUAGGAAAAGAAGUUCUGGUAUUUGCAGCGGUGGUCUGA